AUGGCUGCCUCCCUUUCAAACAGCAUCAAGGACAAGAUGGUAAAGGGCGAAGUCGCGUAUACCCUGAGCGUCAAACUAGUCCGUUCUGUUGAGAUCUCCAUGAUGGCCAAGACAGCAGGCUUCGAUGGCAUUCUCAUCGACAUGGAGCACUCGUCCUUUGACCUCGACACCACCGGUCAAAUCUGCAUCUCCGCCCUCUACGCGGGCAUUGCUCCUAUUGUCCGCGCCCCAAGCAAGGACCCUUUCUUCGUUUCGAGGAUCCUUGACGGAGGUGCUCUUGGCGUGAUUGUCCCUCACAUCCGUAGCGUCCAGGACGCCAAGGAUGUUGUUGCUGCGGCCAAGUUCCAGCCUGUCGGUUGCCGAUCGUCGACCAAUGGCUUGCCGCACUUCGAAUUCCGCUCUUUGCCUGCCAAGGUCUCCAACCCCGUCUGCAAUGCGAGCACCUUGGUCAUCCCGAUGAUUGAGACACUGGAGGCAUUGGAACUCGUCGACGAGAUCGCUGCUGUCGAUGGGGUGGACUCGCUCCUCAUCGGUACUAAUGACCUGACGGCAGAAAUGGGCAUCCCAGGUGACUACGAGAACCCUCGUGUUACUGAGGCGUAUAAGCGCACGAUUGCGGCCUGUGACAAGGUCGGCAAGUGGGUUGGCGUCGGAGGUUUACAUGCUCGCAUGGAUCUGGUGGAAAAGUUCUGCGCCAUGGGUGCUAGAUGGGUCAUGGCUGCGACUGACGGCCCUCUUGUUAUGGCUGGAGCUUCCAAGAGAGCUAGUGAAAUGGCACAGCUAAAUGCCAGGGUCACUGGAUCUCAGACAAACGGCAAGGUUUAG